CCUCGCUCCAUGCCCCUGGGUCCGGGCACAGCGCUCCCUCCAGCAACAUGGCUGUCCUUGGAGUGCAGCUGGUAGUGACGCUGCUCACUGCCACCCUCAUGCACAGACUGGCGCCUCACUGCUCCUUUGCACGCUGGCUGCUCUGCAAUGGGAGUCUCUUCCGGUACAAGCACCCUUCCGAGGAAGAGCUUCGGGCCCUGGCGGGGAAGCAGAAGCCCAGAGGCAAGAAGGAGCGGUGGGCCAAUGGCUAUAGUGAGGAGAAGCCGUUGUCUGUGCCCCGGGACACCCCCUUCCAGCUGGAGACCUGCCCCCUCACAGCCGUUGAUGCCCUGGUCCUGCGCUUCUUCCUGGAGUACCAGUGGUUUGUGGACUUCGCCGUGUACUCGGGCGGCGUGUACCUCUUCACAGAGGCCUACUACUAUGCGCUGGGCCCGGCCAAGGAGACCAACAUCGCGGUGUUCUGGUGUCUGCUCACCAUCGCCUUCUCUAUCAAGGUGUUCCUGACGGUCACCCGACUGUACUUCAGUGCGGAGGAGGGGGGUGAGCGCUCCGUCUGCUUGACAUUUGCCUUCCUCUUCCUACUCCUGGCCAUGCUGGUGCAGGUGGUACAGGAGGAGACCCUCGAGCUCGGUCUGGAGCCAGGCCUGGCCAGUAUGACCCAGAACUUGGAUCCACUUCUGAAGACACAGGGCUGGGACUGGACUCUUCCUCUGGCCAAGCUGGCCAUCCGCGUGGGGCUGGCAGUGGUGGGCUCCAUGCUGGGCGCCUUCCUCACCUUCCCAGGCCUGCGGCUGGCUCAGACGCACCAUGAUGCGCUGACCAUGUCAGAAGACCGGCCCAUGCUGCAGUUCCUCCUGCACACCAGCUUCCUGUCCCCGCUGUUUGUACUGUGGCUCUGGACCAAGCCCAUUGCACGGGACUUUCUGCACCAGGCGCCCCUUGGGAGCACGUCCUUCUGUCUGCUGUCGGACUCGGCCUUCGACUCGCUGCGCCUCUGGGUGCUGGUGGCGCUGUGCCUGCUACGGCUGGGGGUGACCCGGCCCCACCUGCAGGCCUACCUGUGCCUGGCCAAGGCCCGCGUGGAGCAGCUGAGGAGGGAGGCGGGCCGCAUUGAGGCCCGCGAGAUCCAGCGGCGGGUGGUGCGGGUGUACUGCUACGUGACGGUUGUGAGCCUGCAGUACCUAACGCCGCUCAUCCUCACCCUCAACUGCACGCUACUGCUCAAGACGCUGGGCGGCUACUCCUGGGGCUUGGGCCCGGUCCCCUCGCUGUCCCCCACCCCGUCCUCAAUCAGCGAUGGCCUGGUCAGCCCCGAAGAGGACGAGGCCCAGCAGACGGCGGCCCUGAUCGCCGGGGCCCUGGGCAGCCUGCUCACACCCCUCUUCCUCCGAGGUGUCUUCUCCUUCCUCAUCUGGUGGAUCGCCGCCUGCCAACUGCUCUCCAGCCUCUUCGGCCUGUACUUCCACCAGCACUUGGUGGGCUCCUAGCUACCUGCAGACACUCCUGCGGCCCCAAGGUCUGGUCCUGGACCAGCGGGAGCAGGCCACCCCUCAGUGUCCCCAGGUGCAAGGCGGUCCUGGGAGUCUCUGCUGCACCGGCUGGCCCGUCUCCUUCACCACAGUGCCUGAGCCGUGGCCCUCCUUGGACACCGAGCUUCUGCCUCGAGAAACUGACUCCCCAGGCCCAGCCGCAGAGGUCCCAGGGCCAGCCAUCGUUCCUAGAUUGCACGUGCCCGUUAGACUGCAGUGCAGGAAUGGGGGGUGGGGGUAGGAGACUCUUCCGAACAAAUAAAGGAGCAAGCCGCUUUUUACAAACUGGAUCCAAGUGGUAUGGGAGGCAGCUUCCUGCAUGCUGUCCCGCCACAAGGGUGCAGAAUGGGUGGGGGCCAUGGGAGGUCAUCGGGGGCUUCAGUGCUGAGUGAAGGGAACAAUGGAGGGAGAGCAUAGGGUGACCCUAAGCAAAGGCCUGGGAGAAAGAAGUGAGAGAAGGAAAGGAGAAGAGAUGAAAUGUACCAAUGGCAAGAACUAAGAGAAAUGAGGGGAGAGGGAGGCGUUGAGCCCAUGGUGCUGGGCAGGGGGCCACCGUGGCUGCCACUCUCUGCCACAGGUCAAGGGGGACUGCUUUCAUAUCAAGGUCACACACAGCAAAUGGGCACACUGUUGAGGCCAUGGUGACCCAGGGGAGGGAGGAUAAGGGGUCAUUACUGACUCCAGCAUUUUCCUGCAGCUGUGGGAAACUGGUGUGUGUGCACAUGUGUGUAGCCUCCUGUACAUGUUUAACAAAAUUCAACUGAGUAAAUUUUAAAGGUCUUA